AUGGCCCACACCUUCUGCUGCAACCAUCCUCAAAUCCGCAUGGACUCACCCGAGCCUCCUGCUCGAGCACCCACCAUUAUCAUCGAUGGCUUACUGACCGCUGCUGCUCUGCCUGAGGACCAUCCUCAUGCUUUCCAGUUCCCGGACAAGAAACCUGCGAUUCCUGGAGGAAUUCUACGCAGUCCGAGUAUUGCCAAUAAGAUCAAGUCGCAACUAUGGAGGAGGUCUUCGAGGGUAGGGAGUAAUAGUGGCGAGGGGUGCGAUGAGGAUGCUAAGGAUGUUAGUGAGGCGGAGGUCGAGGGGUGGGUUGGAGGGAUGUUUGAUGGUGAGGCCGGAGAGCUAAUGGAGAAGGUCGUGGAGAGGGGAACUCCUGAUGGGAUGCGGACACCUGUUAUGAGUGAUCUUGAGUGGUUGGAGCCGCUUGUCAGAAGACCUUGUGCGAGCUCAGACAGGUCAGAAAUCACGCCGAGACAAUCGAGCGUUGCUCAGACAGUAGCAGUGGACACUCCAUCGACAGACCCUGGCAUACCUCGAUCCACAAGCUAUCCGAAUCUGUCGGACAGUCUCGACGUCGACGAUACAGCACCACAUCGCACGAAGUUAUCCGAGAACGACCAUCACCCAUCACAGACAGAAGCGCACCAGUUGGUCCAGGCAGUCGGCAAUGAUGAGCCUGUACAGAGCACUUAUCCGCCCCUAGAUGAGAAGCUUCCAAUGAGAAUGACAACCCAACUAGAAGCGGCAGAGCUCGAUCCAUUCUCUCAAGAAGGACGGGACACGCAACGCUCUACUCAGAGCAAAGGCGUGCAUCUCCAGGACUUGCGUAUAUCCCAGCAAUUACGGUCCAUGUCCGCAGGUUCCUGGUCUACCGACUGUGACUCCAUGUCAUCAAUCUGUGAUGUGAAGCCAUGGAACUUCCACCAUCGGAAGACGUCGACUCUUGGCGGCGGCUCCAUCCACCGUCGAAGAGGCUCAGGCUGCGUGAUUACUAUGCCUUCACAGCUCUCUGUUGGUAGGGUUCGUUCACCUGCUACUUCGUCGACUUAUAGCCAGGGUUCUGCUGUAGUGGCACCGAAUUUCUCUGCUGUUGUCGACGAGGAUGUUGGUAACGAAGCGGGUGCCAUAAUUACUGCUGACGAGCCUUCCGGCCUCGAUGGAGCUUUGCUGGAUUGGCCUUUGCCACGCCAAGAGAACCUUGUGGACAUUGGGCUUGCAACCGAGAUAGAGCGACUGGCCGAAACAACACCAUUUGUGGCCAAGACCUCGGUGACGAAUUUGUCUAUCACUUCGACAGGGGCGGAGACCUCGACCGUAAGAUGGUCGACGCCGCCCGCGCGAACAGUAUCGGUGCCAAAACCAUCUUCCAGCCACUUCUCCACCUCGAGCAAACGUAGCAAAUUCUUCGAACGCUUCUCGCCUGCGAAGAGACUCGUUCGGAAGCGUCGCUCGAUCUUCAAGUUCCUGCGUCCUGGUAGCCGUAAGCAGCAAGGUCGAAGCAUCAGCUCUCCAUUGCUUCAUGUGCCUGCAAGCUCGACCCUGAGCGCCUAUGACGGCCCUCAAGAUGAUCCAUCGUUGAUGACAGUGGCUUACGAGACGGUCGAUCAGCCACCUGCUUCACGGUCUGCAAGCAUGGGAAACCUGGUCCAAGAUCAUCGCCCAAGUGCUGCUCACCUCGCAGUACCUGACGCACUCCAGCGUCGGCCAUCGCUCGCUGACUACGAGCGUGUUCUGACCGCUGCGGGUGAUGAUCGCCGUCGACCGUCAACGAUCGAUCUCGUGAAGCUGAAGGAGGUACAAGAAGAUGAUCGCCGUCAGUCAACAUCACUCCGACGUAGAUUAAGUCGUGCAAAGCCACUCGAUGAGGAUCAUACUGGUCCGAGAGGGCUCAUGACACAGGCUGCCGAAAGGACUCUACAGGAGAAGGCACUGUUCCGAUCAGCGAGUAAGCGCAGGGAAGCGAUCGCAGUUGCACAUGAUGACCGUCAGCAUCCUCUGUUCCGUACAGAUACUUUGACCUCCGUGGCCGCAAGCACGCCUGCAGCGAACACCACUGCCGUGAGUGAUCUACUUGAUCCGCUUGACAUGGCUGUUGGGAAACCGUCCAUUGGACGAAGUCACAGUGCUGGGUAUCUGAUGCCUCCAGGAGUUGCUGGGGUCGAGCAGACAUCGAGGCAUAAUUUUGUUCCGCCAAGUAUCAAGCCAUCGUUCUCCAGCUCAAGUCCAUUAGCGCAGGUCCGCCAGAACCCCAUUGCAGAAGGCGCACCUGUGAGGAUUGGAACGGCACCGGCUGCUUGGUCUCAGUUCCCAUCGCAUACCAGACUCGAGCGAAGUGGCCCAGCUGGUGACGAAGACGACGUAAUUACUCGUGAUUUUGCUGUUCAGGAAGAGACCAGGGAGUCACAUGAGCUUCCCGAUCUACCCAAUACCUCGCCAAUCAGUAUCAGUAAGCACGCAGUCGGACGAAAGAAUGCGUUUGCGAAGAAGCGUUCGACUACCUUUGGUGGGAUCAAACGAUUCUACUCCAACGUCUUCACUAGUGGCUUCUCGCCAUCAAACAGGAGGAGCUCAGUAGCCACAGGCGGAUGGCUGGCCAACCCAGACCUGGAGCUCUUGCCGCCAACCACAUCUCACGAACCCGCGUUUCCACAUCAUGAUCAUCACUUCAAGCAACACCUUCACGACCUUGAGCGGGAGCUUGAAGAAAGGGUCGCGAAAGACAUCGAGUUUGUCGAAGACGAAGCAGCCAAGAUUGGCGAGCAGAUUCGCGAAGAUGUCAACGUGGCGGAGGAAGAAGCCGAGAAGUUCAUGCACAUCAACCCAUAUCAUCACCAUGAGCAUUACCACGGCAAGCAGGCGGUUGGAGGGCAAUUUGGCAAUGACAACCCCUUUGCGCCAGGCCUUGAGCAUGUUUUGCAGAAACGUCACAGCUCUUUUGUCAGUCCACUUGAUGAGGAGGAUGGACCAACAAGUCCUGCUGGCGACGGUAGUGUUGCUGCCGCAAGUACGGCCGGACCUCCACCCAUCGUCACCCGUGUCGUCAGCCACGAUGGUGCGAGUGAUACUCAGGCACAACAGCACAAAGCAGAAACGUGGUCAAGCACUUACAAAGACUGCCUUACACACUCUGGCAGUAGUGUAACUCCAACCUCAACAUCAACGCCGAUGGGAACGCUGCGAGGCAUGCCGCCACCACAGCUGAAGCCAGUGAAAGCCCGUUCGUCGGACAAGAACAAAGGUCUCGAUCCCAACGCUACAGUCCGACGCUUUCCCUCUGUCACUGUCGUCGACGAUCGCAAAGGCCACGGCCAUAGUAUCUCUCUCCUCUCGGUCAAGCUCGAGGGCGAUGGCAUUAUGCGUUCGAGCACAAAUGAUCUGCUUCAGCUGAUUGAGGAUUGUGAACGCCAGGAGAGGGAGCGUCUGCUUCGUGGGCCGAGUCGUGCCAGCGAGCGGAGUGGGAGACAGUAUAGGACUGUGGCAUGA